CGUCUGUGUUCUCAUCUUGGAUGCUACCAAUGCGCAAAAUUGGUACACCGCAUCUAAAAUUACAUUUCACAUCUCACUGAAAAUUUUCUUUUUCUUUUGGGGGUUUUUCCGAGGGGUUUUCCGGGGUAUUUUUUGUUUAAAUUUAAUUUAAGUAUAUUUGUGUGUUGGAAAGAGAAAUAAAAAUUGUGUUGGAGUGAAGUGAAAGUGCGUGCGUGAUUUAUGGCGAUACUCUUAAUUCACCUGCGUCGUCUCAUUAUCAUCUUAUCCCUCGUGUACGUAUUGGUGGAUAUAUUGCGGCGUUUCCUGGCUACGGUGCGCCGGCGACGGUUUGGUAGUCAAAUUGCGUGGCCGCGUGGAAGUUUGCACGUUAAGCUCUGGGUCUACAUUUACACCGUUUACCUGUACGUUGUGAUUUUCGGGGGGAUUGAGUGGAGUCGUCGGAGAUUCUUCACAACAACAAUCAAUCCCAUUAAUCCCACUCAUUGAUCCCCCAAAAAAAUAAUUUUCCCUUCAAAAUCCAAACCUUUAUCAUCGCUCAAAGCCUGAAGGAGAGCGGAGAGCUUUAAAGCUCACGAAUGGUGGAAAAGCAGAGUUCCAGAGUUUUGCAAAAAUUAGGAAAAUCUGUGUCUUGUGAAAAAUUGUGCAAAAGCACCGGAAGUUGUGCACAUUUGUGGAGGAAAUGUCAACAUAUAGAAAUUAUUUUCCGUGGAAAUCUAACUACUCGUCUUAUACCUCAAAGUACGGUGGUAGCAGGUUCACUUCAUCGCGUGACGAUGUCUCAAGUGAAUCCAAAGCUUCCUCUUCAUCAACUACUCCCAAGUUUGGCUCUCUUGCAAGCCCCACAACGUACCGCCCUUCCUAUUCCGGGGGUACCUACCGCAGUGUUCCGAUAAAGAAGGAUCCUCCUGUGACAACAACGUCGUACUCACGCUAUGGCACAACCAAAGAUGCCGCCAAAGAGCAGGAAAAGCCCCAAAAGGAAGCGGAAACGGUUAAAAAAUCCGCCACAAUUGCAGCUAAAUAUGGUUCAACGAAGGAUCUCCCCUCGACGACAACUCGUCCCUAUGGGGGAGCAUCGACAAAGGAACUGGGAAGUGCAACAAAAUCCUACACAGGUGGAUCAACAAAGGAUCUAACAGGUCCAAGAACAUAUACAGGAGGAUCAACGAAGGAUCUCACGAGCACACGAUCCUACGUUGGUGGAUCAACGGGAAAUCUGAAGACUUCCUACCCAUCAACGGGUAGCUUAGCUGAGCCCACAAAGUCCAGAUACCCUUCAAGUAAGGAUCUAACGGACACAAAGGCAUCAACUUCAAAGUAUUCUUCGCAAAAAACUGAAAAGAAAAGCGAAGGACCACCGGUUACUUUCAAUACGCGCUACGGAUCAACACUCAAAGUUCCCAGGGAGAGAUCACGUGAUCCUAGCCCAUCUGUAGGAUCCGCCGCAUCAACUGUGAGUCGCUUCCUGCGGCCAGGAGAUCGUUCUCGCGAUCCCAGUCCGAAUGUCCUGAAAACUACGCCAAAAUACGGGAGAUCUUCACGUGAUCCUAGCCCAGUUUCCCCGGGAAUUGCCAUAAAUCGCGUCAGGAGUCGCGAUCCAAGUCCCGUGGAUCGUCCAGCUCCAACACUACUGCGUAGAUCACGCGAUCCGAGUCCCAUUGAGCAGCUAAAGGAUCGUUUUGGGGCAACAUCAAGUGGCUACAGCACGAAUUCCUUCAGUGGGAAUCGUCUGUACAGCCGUGGUGGCAGCAAUACGUCCUACCAGAAGUUUUCAUCCUCACCCAGAUCGACCCUUGAUUCAGCCCUAUCCUACAUGACACACAGCGAGGCAAGAGCAUGUACAUCAAGCAGGAAACCCAAAGAAAAGACUCCCCCUGUGAAGGCUGAAUCACCUCUAGUGACAAAUGGAAAGGACGAUGAUGGGCAUCAGGCUAAUGAGGAGACUGUAAUGAUUCAGGUGACAAUGAUUACACGAGCUACGUCACCCAAUCCUCAAUCAAAUGCCGCGAAUUUCCUCAAAAGUCGCCGAGAAGUGGCUAAAACAGUGGAGAAGACAAUUGAGAGGCCCCUCAAGCGCCCUCCGAUGAUUGAUAAAGAAAUCCAAUCUGAUCGUUUGGAUGAUCCCACAAAGAAUAUUCGUGUUGCCACGUCCAGGGUCUCCUCAUCAGUUCCUUGGUCUUCCUAUUUGGACACAAAGUACAGCCCCUCAACGGGAUCCUCGAGAUAUUCAACAUCCAACUCUGUCUCCCCCUCAAAGAGCUCUGCAAGUACUUCCACGAAGGAGAAGAGCGAAGAAAGUGAGAAAAAGGAUGAAAAAGUGAAAAUCAAAAAAUCACCCAGCAUGACAAAGAGUGAGAAAUCAUCAAAAAGCCCCUCAAGUGAAAAGUCCAAAACCCCCUCGAAGAGCUCAUCAAAGAGCAAAUCACCUGAGAGUAGCAAAAGUCUUCCGCCACCGGUGCCGGGGAAGGCAGAAUCACCGACAAAAAUCACCCCAGGAUGCCUCAAGUGGGCUAAUAAGGAUUUCCGGAAGUCUGCCCUAAAUAUGGGUCCAUCGGAUCAACCGCGCAAGUCACGAUCUUCCUCAUCGCCCGUUGAUGGAAGGUUGGAACGAUCACCCAGCUGUAGCUCCUCAAGUAGCCUCAGCAAUGCCGAUGUGGGGGAUGCAAGGAAUAUCAGGGAGUCCUCCAAAGGUUCCCUCCUGGCCACGUCUGCGGAUGAAUUAUCACUAGACAGGCCAACAUCUCGGAGUGAAUCAGUUGAUGUCGUGUCGUCUAAAAAUGAGGACGCGAAGUCAUUCUUAAUCCGAACACUCGGGCCUGUGGCUGCGGUGCGCGUGAAAACGCCCGUGGGUCAGUUCUCGCCUGAGAAGCCGACGUGGUCAGUGGAGAGUGCCACGAGCUCCACACCCGAUAGUCUUAGUAGAUACGACGGUGCUGAGCCACCGAGUGUUGGGGAAGGGAUGAAGUACAAAUUGCGACAUAUUGAUUCCGGUGAGAGGGGUUGGUGGAUGAGUAGUGAGGGUGAAAGUGGCCAAGAUAAGCGCGAUGAGAGCCCCAAAGUCCAACAGCAGCAGUACAAGAUCCGGCAUAUUGAGUCUGGGGAGAAGGCAUGGUGGAUGCUCAAGGAAAACUCCACGGAUUCCGAUAAAUUGCGCAUGCAGAAUAAUAGAAGUAGCUCUGAGGCUAAAUCCGAUACGCCAAAGUACAAAAUUCGACACAUUGAAUCCGGAGAGAGAGCCUGGUGGCUUGGUCCUGAAUCCCCAAAGCCAAAAGUAAGCAAAUCUCCCGCAACAAAGGAAGAAUCUUCGGAAGAUGAGGAAGUAGCUCAGGUGGAGCAUCCCCUGGGGGAUAGAGCCAGCCCUGAAGGACUCGAAUCAACGAGGAAUCUCUCCCCGUACGACAAUGUUCCACAGAAGGCACGAAAAUCCCCAAGAAGUCUCUUCAUUUCGCGCCAUACGAACAUUGAUGAUCUCCUCGGAGCGAGUCCCAUUAUGAUGGUGGAGCAUUUCUCAGCUAGAGAUGUCUUUGAGGAAAUUUCGCCGGCACAAGUGCGCAUCCACGACAGCACAGCACAAAUGCCCGUUAUUCAGCGGGCCAGCGAAGUGAGAGAAAAUGGGAACUGGAAUCACACUGGAGGGGGCCUCACGAAUGGUUCGCUGGACGAUGCAGCCCUCCAGGUGUACAAAGACGGCGACUACGGAGCUUAUCUGGAUCUGGAGUCUUCACUUGCGGAGCAAUCUGAAGAUAUCGAUGGCCUUCAAUCUGGUCGCAAAAAUUCCCUCGUGGUUCGUACGCAGCUAAGUGUUCGCGUUCAUGCAAUUAUCGAGAAACUCCUUUCAUCGGAGGGUCGUGAAUUGCGACGGGCUCUGUUUUCCCUGAAGCAGAUUUUCCAAGAAGACAAAGACCUCGUUCAUGGCUUUGUGGCACUCGGAGGUCUCAAUUGUCUAGUCCGUGUGGGAAGUGGAGCGGAUCAGAACUACCAAAAUUACAUCCUAAGGGCACUUGGUCAGGUGAUGCUCUACGUGGACGGUAUGAAUGGGGUGAUGAAGAAUGGCCCAACAGUUCAAUGGUUGUACUCGCUGAUCGCCUCAAAAUAUAGAUUAGUGGUGAAGACGGCGCUCAAGCUCUUGCUGGUGUUUGUGGAGUACGUGGAGAGUAAUUGCUAUUUGCUGGUGAAUGCCAUCCAUGCCGUUGACGCCGCCAGGGGCACGCUGCCCUGGUCCAACAUAAUGCGCUUGAUGAAAGACUUCGAGAAUGCGGACACUGAGCUACUAAUCUAUGCGACAUCCCUCAUCAAUAAGACACUGUCCGGAUUGAGUGAUCAGGACAGCUUCUACGAUGAGAGCGACUUCCUGGAGCAGCAGGGUAUGGAGGGUGUCAUUCAGAGGUAUAUGUCACGACCCGGCACCGACCUGGAUCUGCUGGAUCAGCUCCAACUCUACGAGGCUGUUCUCAAGUUUGAGGACGGCGAAACGGAUGGUAUUCGCAUUCCUGACAAUUCGGUGCGAAAGACACUACGGUACCGUGCCACGGAUUCAGCGGAGAGACGGAAGUCACGGCGGCAUAGUACGGGAAAUACGCCGGCGCCCCCGGUACCGCCGCUCCCGCAUAAUCUCACGGCCACGCAGACAGUGGAUGAGGAUAGUUCCAGCUCGCAGAAUUCCACGGAGCUCAAUUGCGUCUUCCGGGAGUGUCGUGAUAAGACCCCUCGUGAGGGUGCUGGUGUGACGCCAGGCCUUCGGCGUCGACGUGAACGUGCUGAGAGACAAAAGAGCUUCAUGCGUGAACAACAGGAUGCCGCAACUCGUGUCACGAACGGCAAUAGUGGUGAAGAAAAUGGUCAUGGCCUCGUGACUGCCGUACCGGUGCGUCUGCAGAAUUCACCCCUCGUGGUGAUCCGAGGUGGUGGGAGUGUCACCUACAGGCUGACAAAUGGCUUCUCGGGCUACCCAAAAGUCCUCCCGGAUGCAGCUAAUCCGCAGCAUAGGCUUUUUGAGACGGAAUCCAAUCGUCUCAACGCCAUCUACACGCAACUUUCAACCAUGAAGAAUGGGCAUGUGAAUGGACAUGUACCAACGACGAAACCUCCAGCUGUACCGGCUCCACCAGCAGAGUCCGAUGUUAAUGGCGAGAAGAAGCUCCUGCUGCAGCUGAAGCGUGAUCAUACUGUGAAGGAUCUCACGCAGAAGUUGAGCAAUUUGCCAAUGAGCCCACAAGAGGAGAAGCCCCAGAGUCGCAUUGGUGACAUGUCGGGUUUAAUUUCAAAAGCCAAAGAGGGCUUGGCGAAGAGUAAGAGUCGCGGGGAUAUCUCCCGGUCGCCCAGUGUUGAUCAGGACUUCAAGAAAGUCCCCCCGGCAGAGCCGAAAAAGUCCGAAAAUGAGCUACAUUGGGAGGAGCUCGUGCGCAACAUGGCGCGUCCGCUGAAUCUCUGUGAUUUGGACUUUACGGAUUUGGGAUCGGAGGAUGAGAAGGAUGUUCUGGCCCCGCGGGGAUUGGGUGGGGCCAUUCCGCCGCCGCCACCGCCUCUGGGUAUACCGCCGCCAAUUUUGCCACCACCGACGAAUCUCGUGCCGCCGCCAAUGAUGCUCAAUGGGCCGGCGGCAAAGUGCAAUGGCGAAGCUGUGCCCACGGUGAAGAAGAACAAGAAGACUGUGAAGCUGUUCUGGAAGGAGGUGCGUGAGGAUAUGAUUCCCACCAUUGUGGGGCGUACGGUGUGGGAUGAAUUGCCACCAAUGAAGGUGGAUACGGACAAGCUUGAGCAUCUCUUUGAAUCACGCGCCAAGGAUCUCAUGACAAAGAAGCAACAGGAGAUGAAUAAGAACAAAGAGAUCAUCGUAUUGGAUCACAAACGAUCAAAUGCAAUAAAUAUCGCCAUGACGAAACUUCCACCCCCGCGUGCCAUUAAGGCGGCCAUCUUGAAGAUGGAUGCCACCGUGGUGACACGCGAGGGCAUCGAUAAGCUCCUGAAUAUGUUGCCAACAGAGGAGGAACGUGGGAAGAUUCAGGAAGCUCAAAUGAUCAAUCCGGAGCUUCCUCUCGGGAAUGCAGAACAAUUCCUCCUGACGCUCUCUUCAAUCUCUGAGCUGGCGGCACGUCUGAAGCUCUGGGCAUUCAAACUUGACUUUGAGCUGAGUGAAAAGGAAAUUGCUGAGCCACUGAUGGAUCUCAAGCAAGGUCUGGAACUCCUCAAAGCCAAUAAAACCUUCAAAUGUAUCCUCGGGACGCUCCUGGAAGUUGGAAUCUUCCUCAAUGGGCAACCUGUGAAGGGUUUUCAAAUUGAAUAUCUUGCAAAGGUCCCCGAAGUGAAGGAUACCGUCCACAAGCACUCCCUGCUUCAUCAUCUCUGCCACAUGGUGAUGGAAUCCUCUCCGGAUACAACGGAUCUCUACUCCGAAAUAGGUCCCAUUACACGUGCCAGCAAGGCGGAUUUUGGUGAACUGGCCCACAGUAUUGUUCACCUUGAGCAGGAAUGUAAAGCAUCGUGGGAUCGUUUGAAGCUCAUCUCCAAGCACGAUUGUCCGCCGCAGUUGAAGCAGAAACUCGUUGACUUUUUGGCUGAUUGCGCUGAGAGGAUCAUAAUCUUGGACAUUGUGCACAGGAGGGUGAUCAAUCGAUAUAGGAAAUUCCUCCUUUGGCUGGGAAUCCCGCAGCAUCGUGUGUCUGAAUCCAAGCCCAAUGAUUUCUGCAGGAUUGUAUCGGAAUUUGCAUUGGAGUACCGAACAACACGGGAGAGGGUACAGCAGCAGAUUGAGAAGAAAGCCAAUCACAGAGAGAGGAAUAAGACACGUGGGAAGAUGAUUAUUGAUGUGGGGAAGUUCAAGACGCAGGAAGAUAGAGCUGAUGCUGAAUUAAGACAAUUGUUGGGAACUCCGAUGACAACAGUAGACACGCCAGAUCAGGGUAAUCCGUUUACAUGGCGCCGUCGUCGUCCGGAGAAUCUCCACUCACCGAAGACGGUAAAUCGGGAUGAAAACUUCACCGAUGGCGAUGAUGAGAUCCUGGAAUCACUCGUGAAGACCGCCACGAAGGCCCCGGGAACACGAUCAACGCCACGCGAACGAAAACGCACACGACACGCCGAUCGAAAGUCCUGUAAGUUUGCCGUUACAAAUUCCCCAUCAAGAACUUUUUAUGCCUGUCCUCCAUUGAAUGGUGAUGGUAUUAAUGGUGGAUGGUGAUGGAAUAAUGCGCCUUUCAAUAUUGCUUCAGUGAAGAGGUCAAGAACGCGAGAGGGAUUCACAAUUGAACGUACUGGAGCCUCACCAGAAGUACUCUAGAAAAAAUAAUCACAAAAACAGCUUUCAAAAAGGCUGUUUUGCAGAUCACUCAAAUUGGGGUUAGUCGGCGUGUUGUUGCUUUUUGUUUGGUUUUCUUUCUUUCUGUGGCUCGUAGGACCUUUUGUGCAUGAAGGACUAACUCAAUGGAGGAACUUUAUGAUGUUUUGUUGAAUUUUAACACGAAUUUUUGGGAAGGAAUUAAUGAAAAAGGAAGAACUGAAGACGUUAAGAAAAUAUUGAGGUUAUGUUUCGUCAAAGAAGCAAAUCAACAAAUAGCGUCAGAGUGAAGAUGGUUACAAUUUGUGGGGAAUAUGAGAUUUGCAAUAAAAACUAACCUUGGUGUGUAGAAAUAAAUCCAUUAAAAUAACUAAAGAAUUUUGAAAAAUAAUUCUCCAUUUUGAAUUUUCUCUCAGAGAUUUUUUAUUGAUUGAAUUUUCUUUUAAAUUUCUUUCAAAUUUAGUGAGGAGGACACUGAAGAAUGGCUUAACCGAAGAGGAGAAGCAACAUGUUGCGACUUACAUUCAAGGAAUUUAGGAUGCGACUAGCAAUACCAAAUUUAUCACAAAAAAAAAACGAAGCAAAACUUUAGAGAAAGAAAGAUGAAAACUUCUUCUUUUCUUGUUAGUUUAAUUUGCAAUAUAAAAUGAAAAAUUAACAUAAAAAAAAAUACUCAAAAGGAGCGAAAAAUAAAAAAAAAUGAGGCAUGAAAAGCACCAAAAGUUGUGAUAUAGAAAAAGAAAUCAAAAAGAAAGAAAACUUUUCUCAAAGUGAAUUUCUCGACUGUUGAUUGUGAGGGAAAGAUGCGGGAAUAAUUGGAAAAGCUCAAAGAGGUGGAUGGAAUCACUGGGAGAGAUUUGCCUUUUUUCUUCCUAAUUAGUUUUUAAUUAUAUACAAUUUGACCCAAUUUAGCUACAAUGUACAGACGAAAGGUGAAGAAAAAAAAAACAAAUUAUAUGAUUAAUGGAAAUAAAAAGAGCAAAAUGCAUUGGAAUGUA